AUGAUUCGGGCCAAUGCUGUUGAGGAUAGAGAAGCCAACAUGGCUAGAUUUCUUAAUGGGUUGAAUCGGGACAUUGCCAAUGUGGAGUUUGAUGAUGUGUUCCCCGAUGAUACUUCUAGCGGAUUACCACCAUUGAGGGGGAUAGAGCAUCAAAUUGAUUUCGUACCUAGAGCUUCAAUUCCUAACCGACUAGCCUAUGGAAGCAAUCCCGAGGAGACAAAAGAGCUUCAAAGGCAAGUUGAUGAGCUGAUGGAAAAGGGUUACAUUCGUAAGAGUAUGGGCCUGUGUGCUGUACCCAUGCUACUUGUGCCCAAGAAGGAUGGAACAUGGAGGAUGUGUUGUGCCUUUUACAUGGAGAAAAUUGUGUUUCUUGGCUAUGUUGUAGCUGCACAGGGUAUCGGGAUGGAUGAGGAGAAAGUUAUGGCCAUCCAGGAUUGGCCUACACCCAAAUUGAAAAUUGUGUUUCUUGGCUAUGUCGUAACUGCACAGGGUAUCGAGACGGAUGAGGAGAAAGUUAGGGCCAUCCGAGAUUGGCUUACACCUAAAUCGGAUCGGAGACCAAUUGUGUAUUUUAGUGAGAAGUUCAGUGGAGCGACCUUGAAUUAUCCUACUUAUGACAAAGAACUCUAUGCAUUGGUAAGAGCACUUGAGACAUGGCAGCAUUACUUGUGGCCAAUAGAGUAUAAGCAAGGCAAAGAGAACAUCGUAGCUGAUACACUUUCAUGCAGGUAUGUUCUUUUACACACCAUGAAUACUAGAUUGUUAGGCUUUGAAUAUGUGAAGGAAUUAUAUGAUAAUGAUUCUGACUUUGCCGAGAUUUAUAAUGCAUGUGGACAUUCGACUUUUGAUUUUGAUUCAAGGUCGAAUCCUUUCGAGGAGAGAGGGGAUGAUGCGGGCCAACCCAGAAAUGCCAGCAAGGACCCAUUACAUGUUCCAAAUGGUCCAAUGACUCGGUCCAAGACAAAGGGAUUGAAAGAGACAUUAAAUGCAUUGGUUUUAAAUGUUUCAACCAAGUCAGAAUUGCAAGGUCCAUUAGAGUAUUAA